AUGAAGGCCAUGGCUUCCCAGCACACAGGGAGUUCUGGAGAACCUCUUCAAAAACCUAGCAAGAUGAACCAGACACCGAUGCAGCGACAAACACCGGCUUCAUCACUUGGUGGUAUAUGGGAGUUGUUCCCGUUGAAGUGGAUACUGCAACAGAUGUUAGAGACAACUGACAAAUUCAUGCAUGAUCCUUGUUACUGCAAUGGCAUUACAUUCCUCGACCUACAAAGCAAAGAAACUGUAGACUGUUGUCGGAGUAAACAGAGAUGGAAGAUUGAGGAAGACGAUGGAGGACUUCAUAGGUUGACGUUUGAGAUGCUAGGUGUGACCAAGGAAGAUGUGAAGGUGUGGGUGGAAGCAAGAAUACUAUAUGUCGAGGCCAAGAAAAAGGCAGAAGAGAAAGAAGACAGGAGGCACACCGAGAGACAACAUGAUGCCAAAUUCACACUGCCUCAUGAUGCCGAUGCUGAGAAGAUUAAGGCAGAGAUGAAGGAAGGGGUGCUUCAUGUUAUCAUCCCAAAGGUUUCACCAUCAAGCAAGGUUUUGAACAUAGAUGUGCAGUGA